CAAACAGCGUCCGGGUGAAGAGUAAUUACUGACUUCCUAGGAGUGUUUUCAUGGUGAUCCAUUCUGCCGUGAAUCACAGACCAGCCCUCAGGUGCGCCCAGCGCUCACCUCGGCGGGUGCGGGCCGCGGCUGGACUGAUUGAUUGAUUUGGGGGGAAUGAUCCAACUGCGGCUGCGGGCCGGGGGCGCGGCGCGGGCCUGAAGAUGCUGGGGUCCGGGGUGCUCCGGGGCUCGCGCACGGGUCCCCACCCCACCCCCAAGCCUGCCCCCUUUCCCAUGAGGCCCAGCUCCCGGGGGAGGGUCUGCCGGUGGGGAAGGGGCCCCGGCCCAGCCCCUGCCGGCGGAGGCCGCACAAAGGUGCCCUGUUCAAGUCCGCCUAUAGGCCCGCUCUCUGCAAGUGCUUUUAAGUUUCCUUUUUUUCCGAAGGGGGAGAAGAGGCGCUUUUUCCAUUUCACUUCUUUUCCUUGUAUGUAGAUACCAAAAGGAAACACGGCACUGGGCAUGUUCGGAUGUUGAAUGGUUUGCUGAUAAGCAGCAGCCUCCCGGAACCGAAGCCUUAAAAUAGUCGUCGCCCUCCCCUCCCACCCCCCGCAGGAGCUGCAAAUGGUAUCUGCCAAACAGAUGACAAAGUACCUUGGACUGAAUCACACACAGACAGCAUUUUGUGCAGAACGCACGGCCCAACUCUUGUAAUUACUGUUUAUAGCUGCCCAGGGCUGACCAGGAGAGGGCAAACCCGAGAGGAAAUAAGUUUCCUGAGCCUUGGAGAAAUGGCUGUGUGUUAAUUAAAGGCUAGGGGUACUUCUCAGACAGGCUCCAAGUUCUUGAGAUCACAGUUCACAGCACGUUUCCUCUGGAGGGAGUGAGUAGAUAAUUGGGAUUUUUUUUUUCUUUUUGUUUUUGUCUUUUUUCUUUUUUUUUUCUUUUUCCGUUCUCCAACCCCCCCCCCCCCCCCCGCCUCCUCCCUCCCUGGUCUGGCCUUAUGGCCUUGAACCCGCAGUGAAUUGAAGAGAGAACGAAAUGGAUAUGUCUGACCCCAAUUUUUGGACUGUGCUCUCAAACUUUACUUUGCCUCAUUUGAGGAGUGGGAACAGGCUUCGGCGAACACAAAGGUAAAAACCGCGGGGAUACUUUGCCUGGAGAAGGGAGUGUGUUGGCUUUGGAGGCGGCCAGACUGCCUUAACAGCUGGGGUUCUGUUUAGACGGUGGCAGUUUGAAAAGUUUCUGCCCUGCCAGGGGGCCGCUGUUUCAGGUAUUCUGUCAUCCUUGUGGAUUUCCUGGGUAAUCCCGAUGGCCUGUACUUCCAGAGUUGUUCUCCUUUUGAAAUGUGGUUCAGGAGGGGAAGGGUUGUGAGUUGAGGGGAGAGAAAUAGAGGAGGAAGAUACUUUUUCUCUCUGAUGGGAUCUUUUCCAGCUCUUUCCUUCACCCAGACGUCCGAGGACGCUUCUGCUGCUUUUUGUAGAGCCUCUCAGAUGUUACCUUCUAGUAAAGACUUGACCUUUAUAAGGUGCAGAUGUGCAAUGCAAAGAAAGCUCAAGUUAGCCUGUUUCCUAUUGUCUGUUUAAAAGAGACAGGUCCGCGUAACUUUGCCGUUGUUGUUUGUUUGUUCUUGUUGGUUUGCUGACAUUUAUUCCGAAUACAGGUUGGCCUUUUCAGUUGGUAAAAUACCUGACAGAAUAGGUGGAGGCAAAGACAAUUUUAAAACCAGGAUGAAGCUGGUGGCAAAAGUGAAAGGCAGUUCUGAGAUUGAGAGGAGAUGAUUUUAAAGGAAGUGUUUCUCUUCUGUGCCUUGUGUCCGGCACAGAAAGGUGGCAUCGUUGUGGUUUUAGAGGGGCAUACCUUCUGAGUUGCUUAAAUGUAGAUUCUUAGUUUUUCUUCCAAACUUGACUUGGACAUACACGUGCUCAUAUGUGCGUAAGAGCAGCGGUGCGGUCAAAUAAACAGGAUGCUGGCUAUCAGAUUUGGAGCUUCUGAAUCUCUGGGCUCCAGUGUCUCAGGAACACAAGAAAAUGGUGUGCUCUGUUGUUACAUCUAUAGCAUCUUGUAGUAUAAGUUCUGGUACCUAAUACUUUGGAAAAGUUUGGAAGGUUCCCAUGGUAUUUCUUAGAUUUCAGAAGCAUCCUGGAAUACUCACAAGUGUCGUGUUUUGUAUAUGCGCAUGCACACACACACAUAUAAAACACACACGUGUAUGUCUGAUACUGAGUAGAUUUUAAAGUCAUACUACCUUUAAUGCAACUUGAACAGAGUUGGUACCAAUAAACCGUGUGAGAUUCUCAAGUUGUGCCAUUUACGUAAGGUAGCUGUGCUUUUCUUAUUCUGCUGUAUAUAUUCAGAGACCUUAUCUUUUGGUGUUGGUCAUUUUUGUUCGAGACAUAUCAUCCCCUGCACCUCUCCCCCAGCAAAAUAAACACAAGUAGUUAGUUGAUGAGAUAAUGCUGUCUGUGAAUAAGACCACCACUUUCAUGGCAGUAAAGUCUGUAACUUCUUACCUUUUCAGUUUGUCGAGGGCCCUUAAGUAUUCCCGAGUGGUUUAGUCCUGGCUAUGAUGCAAUCUGUACUCUCACCUGGAGCCGCUUCUAGCGAGCAGUCUGCUCUGACGUCACACCUGUGUGUCUGAGUCUGAAAAGCAGCUGGGGCCUCUAGCCAUCUACCUGUUGAUAAUACUAUUGAGCAAAUUCUCAGGCCAGUCUGACCCUGACUUUCCAGCCCAGGGGAUUCUAGUUCCAGCCCAGAACACACCAAUUCAGACAGCUCACACGGGCAGAGAGCCCACAUUCUGAAGUCACUUAGGUUCUUCCCAGCAAAAUGGGAGAGUGUGGGAGGGCUUUCUCUACUCCUUAAGUCAUAGACCCGUUUUUUUCAGUUCAGGGAAACAGAAAAGGGGAUGGAUUUUCUUCCCUCCCUUCUAUUAGUGUAGGUUGUCACAGCCCGUCUGUUACUGGGGAUUUCCAGGAUUCCCAGAGUUUGCACAUAUGUGUCUUGAAGAUCCUGUCUACACACAUCUACUUAUUAUUGGUCUCAAAGACUGGCACUACUUUAUAUUUAUUAUGGAGAUUGGCAAACUUGAAGGGCAGGUGUCUUCCGGUCCAGGGCGAUGUAUGUAGUUGUUGCAUUCUCUUAUUAUACAGUGAUCAUUUCCAGCUCUGUGUCCUUCCCUAAGGACAUGUAGCAUAUGCUUACAGUGGGACUCUUCCCAUUCUGUGACCUCCCUUCCCUGCUCUAAAUCCUGUCUCCUCCUCCAACCCCCACAUUAACCCCAUUCCUCAGCUGGCUCAUCAGGUUCCCUAAAUCUGUCCUUUCAAAAAGACCUCGCCAUCCUCAGGUUGUCCUUUAGCCAGUCUCAUUGUGGGUGCGCCUGGUGUUCAGGUGAGGACCCCUUGCCCUCACACUCAGGUCAUGUGCCUUAGCCCUGGGCAUAUCUCUGUGGCGCAAGCCGAGCUUUUCUGAACACUUGCUGACUUGGUCUGAUGGAUCAUUCAUUUUACGUGUUUUUCCUAGCUACUUGUUCUGAUUAAUUUAGUAACUUCGGGAACCUCAUCCUAACCUUUUCUUUAGAUGCAUCUAUCUAUUCUUGCAUCUAUCAGAGACUGAAAUCCAGCUUGGGGCAUGUGAAUGAACAUCUUAGAGCUCUUUGGGAUGGGAUGUUUAUACCACUCAGACAGAAGAAGGAGAAGGCAAAUGGUUUCCCAUUCUCACCUUAAGUCUGUAUUGAAUGGGCCGUUGUCAUCAUAGAAGCCUUUUUGGUUUGCUCCAUUACAUUUGCCUUGCCAGUUCAGCAUGGCUUGGUUUGCUCUGUCAGAGGGAAACUUUGAAGUUUUGAAACUGGGCCUGCCUGGGCCGGUAACUUCUAACUCCCUGAGUUCUUGCACAGAGGAUCCUGCAGACCUAAUCCCGGGCCUAGAUUGUUACACAGUAUUGAUGAACUGACAGCCUGAAUUCCUUAUCCUGAAUCCCAAAGACAAUUUAUUGUUCCCUUCAUUCUUUUUUGUCUUGACUGUGACGGAUAGCACUUGUCUGGGUGCACACUGACUUUGUCUAUGUUUUACCGUAAAGCUCACAUAUUCCAUUGGAAACUGUGUGUUUUUUUGUCCCGCCGUUUUCAUUUUAAGGGAAAUUUUCUUCUUUUAAUUUUAUGAACAUUUUUAUAAAUAUUCUGUAAAGUCUUAAGCCCUUCAAAAUAUCUUUACUUCCUCUUGCCUUGCUGUCAAAUUCUUUGAUCGCAAGUGACACUGUCUUAAGGUUUAUACUUCUAGGGAAGUUUUGCCUGGAAAAUACCUUGUAGCUUCUGCCAGUAAACUACUAGCAAAUCAAAUCUAGCACUGUAUAAAAACAAUUAUUCAUCAUGACCUGUUGGUCCCAGGUCUAUGCACAGGUGGUUCAACACCAGAAAAUCAAUCAAUGGAAUCCAUCACAUAAAUAAGCUAAGUAAGCAUUAUCAGAGGAUCACAGAAAAAUCCAUUACUCACUCAUAUGACAAAAACUCUCAGGAAACCAGGCAUAGAGGGCCACUUCCUCAAGUCGAUGAAGAAUAUCUACUUAACACAGCAGUCCUCCCUAAUCUGUGGUUCCACUUGGUGCAGUUACCUGUGGUCAGCCACAGUCCCAAAGCAGAUGAUAGCGGCCAAACACUGGGUCACGAUGCUUACAUCAUUCGCCUGACUUCAUCUCCUCGCAUAGACACUUUGUACAUCAUCCCGAGAAGAAGGGUGAAUACAGUGUAAUAAAGUUUGAGAGACAGGCCAUAUUUGCCUAAUGUUGAUUACACUAUGUUAUAAUUAUUCUAUUUCAUUAUUAGUUACCGUUGUUAAUCUCUUACUGUGCCAAAUUUAUGAACUUUAUUUUAUUUUGGAUGUAGAAGAAAAUGGUGUAUAUAGGGUUCGGUACUCUUUGGCAUCUUUUGGGCUUCUUCUGGGGGGUUUGAAACAUAUCCCUGUGAAUAAAGGGAACGGCCAAAGUGAGACACUGGAAGUUUUCCUUGCUGAGAUCGGGUGGAAGGCAAAGAUGUCCCAUCUCAUCAAGCACUCCUUUUCAACCAGACGCAGUUUCUUUUUUGAUCUCCUCUUUCCCUUUCUCAUUUCCUCAAGGCUGACUCAGUACAGCCAUUCACCUGCUGCUUUGAGGGACCGAAAUCUACAGCUGCUUCAUGUUACCACUGAUGUCGAUGACCUUUUUCCCCUGUUGGAUUAAAAACUUUUGUGGGGAAGAAGAUCAGGCUUCUCUUUGAUUUAUAUCACAUAUGUAAAGAGAGGGCUACCAUUGAUUUAUAAGUAUUGCUGCUCAGUUUUGAGGUGCGACUUUAGUCUUGAUGAUACACAGUCUAGAGAAUCUAGAAGAUACUCAAUUUUUAACCUUAAUGGUCAGAAAUCUGUCAUGUUUUCAUUGGGCUGACCUCAUGCUAUCCAAAUCUCAAUGACACCUAAAUCGAGUGUCAUUGUCCAUGCCAAUAAGCACCUUGUGACUCAGUUAAUCACUUGGAACAAGUUUCCUAAUGUAUUUUGCAAGAACCCAUGGGCUAAAAGUUGCUUUGGGGUUUUUUUGUUUUUGUUUUUUCUUUACUUAAAAGUUGUGUACUUUAUUAUUUCUCAAUUUUAUUCUUUCAUUUUUUUUUAACGUACAUACAAGUUAGUGGGCAUAUAGUGCAACAAUGAUUUCAGGAGUAGAUUCCUUAAUGCCCCUUACCCAUUUAGCCCAUUCCCCCCCCCCCCCAACAACUCCUCUAGUAACCCUCUGUUCUCCAUAUUUAAGUCUUUUAUGUUUUGUCCCCCUCCCUGUUUUUAUAUUAUUUUUGCUUCCCUUCCCUUAUAUUCAUCUGUUUUGUCUCUUAAAGUCCUCAUAUGAGUGAAGUCAUAUGAUAUUUGUCUUUCUCUGACUAAUUUCGCUUAGCAUAAUACCCUCUAGUUCCAUCCGUGUAGUUGCAAAUGGUUUUUUUUUAAUGUUUUCUUUUUACGUUUUAUUUUUUUUCUGAAUUCAUAUUACUCAGCAGUUGCUCCGAACAGCAGGUACAUUCAGGGAUCUUUAACUGCUGAAUGUAUUGAAUUUUUAUGUAUGCUUCAUCUUCCUUUCAGAAACAUCUGUAGUGUUUGGUGAGUUUUUCUUUUUGUUUUCAUCAUGAAUAUGUGUCUCUAAAGAGUAUGAAGAAUACACUUCUCUCUUGUCCUGACAUGUGGGGUAUUAGUGAAUUUGUACCCACCCCUUUUAUGGAAAGUCCCAUUAAAUCCACAUUUACUGAGCAUCUAUUGUGUGCCUGGGCACUGCAGCCCCAAGCUGAGUCAUAGAAUUGCCUUCAGUGAGGACAUGCAAAUGAAUCAUUGCAAACCAGGGCAAUAGAGAAGUAUUUAUAAGGUACAUAUAAGCUAUAGCAGUGGCCAGUGGGGAAGAGAGACUUUGGUCUCAAGGAGCCAAAGGAGAAGCCAUAUGGAAAAGACAAUACCUCAGGGAGGUUUUGAAGGAUAGGUUUCUUCUAUUUAUCAGACCGAAGGACAGGGCCAUCCCAAAGGGCAAAAGAAAUGGUGUGUAUGAAGGCACAGUGGCCUUAGCAGCAGAGUUCAAGGGACUAUACAUAGCUCAAUAUUGCUGGAGCGUAAAAAACCGGAAGCAUAACUCAGUAUUGUUGAUGCAUAAAGUUUGCAGAGGCAAUACAGUAUACCACAGUGGUGAAGAGGGUUGAUCUAAAAGCCAGUUCACCUGGGUUUGAAUGAGAUUGGGCAAGUUCACUGGACUAGAGUUGCUCCAUCUAUAAACCAGGGACAGGUAAAUUACUUACAGGAUUGUUGUAAGGAGUAAAAUAUGCUCAUAUGAGUAAAAUGCCUAACACAAUGACUGGCACAUAAAAACUCUCAGUAGAUACUCAGUAUUCACAUUGUUUCUAUCGUUACAACAAGGGGAUGAGUAGUGGGCGAUCAGGCUAAGGAUGAGAGUUGAGGCACUUGCUGUUUGUGGGAGCUUGCUUGGCCUUUACCCAAAAGGACGAAGGCCUAUCUAGCAGCUUUGGGGAUUUUAGGUCUGUGAGAGGAGGGUGGGACCUGGAAACCAAUGAAUGAGUCAUUGCAGUAGCCUACCGAAAAGGUUAUGCAGGCCUGAGGAAGGAAUACGGUGAGAUUAUGACUUUGAGAGAGACGAAGGGUAUCAAGUUGAUAAAAAUUGAUGAACCAUCGGCUCUGAGAGACCAGGAAACGUUGCAUAGUGGCCCUGGGGAUUGUGACCUGGGAGAUGAAGGAACUACCUUUACAAAGAGGCGUGGGGGAAGGGAAGACCAAAGAACUUGUACUCAUCUCUUCGAUCCCCAGAAGCCUGAUUAAUCUAAUUUAUUGAGCAUCUAAUGUGUGCUGAAUGUAAGGAAGUGUUCCUUCCUUCACUCAGCCAAUAUUCACAGCACCAGUAUCUUGGGCUGGGCAAGGACUAUAGUGGUGAACAAGACAGAGUGCUUGGGCCUUGCAAAUAAACAAGCAUCUAAAUAAAUCAAUUGUCCAAUGGUGAUCAGUGUUCCAAAGGCUUAUAAGUAAGUGCUGAGAAGAGAGAGUAACAGUGUGGGGGGCUGCUUUAGAUCAUGUGGUCAGGGAGUGUCUUUUGAGGAGGCAGAUAAAACUGAACAGGAGACCUAAAAACCGUGAAGGAGCCAUUGGUGGGAAGCAUUUGGGAUUGGCAUCUGGGAAUGGCAAAGGCUCUGAGGCAGGAAACAAAAAUCCCUAGACAGGCCAUUGGGGGUGUGGGUUCAGGGCACCAGGGAGGCUGGACCAGAAAUAAUAAGCUUGAGAGUCAUCAUUAGGGCCAUCCGAAAAAUACAGUAGAUCAAUCUGUGGGAGAAUAAGGUUGCUCCAUUUAAGGAGUGGGCAGAGAUUCAGAUAGGUACAGGUACAGAGACUUGGAGGAGAAUCUGGAGUGUUCUCAUGGAGCUCCAGCGAGGAGGACAGGCAGCAGUGUCACUGCACAGAGAGACAGCAGGAACAUGUGCGUUGUGUCUGACAAUGGGGAAGGCAUGGGCGACCUCAGCACCAAGAGCAGAGGCAGUGACAGGGUGGGGGUGGGGCUGGGGCUGAGGCCCAGGAGCCAGGAAAUAGUAGUCAAGUGAGGAAUCGCAGACCAUGGGUGGUAACCACUCUCUGCGGGUAGCUACCUACAGCAGUGACACAUCAUCGUGUCCCAGCUCCUGCACAUUCACAGCUGGCCCAGCAGCUCUGUUCCCUGAAUCAUAUCCCCUUACUCACUGUUGCUCAUUUUAUUGUCUGCCUCAUCGCCCAAAUGGGCAAUGACAGUUUCCUUUUCACCACCUCUCUGGAAGCUCAGGCUCUGUCCACAGCCUUAUGAGUACCUCGUCACUUACCACUCUUGCUUCACAUCACAGGCUCUGAGUGCCCGAAGCUCCCUCCCCCUGCCCCCGCCACUUUGUCUUUUCCGGAGCUUGAGCUCUGACUCUCCCCGAAGUGUGUUCCUCUGGAGGCUGAAACCUGGUUCACUCACUGGCUUCCUCUCAUCCUGUCCAUGCCUGACCUGCAGGCGUGGCCCCUCCCCGAGUCUCUGCACCCCUUUCCUCCCACUCGGAGCUCUGCCCAGGCCUGUUUCAUCAGUGCUUCCUUUCAUCCCUCUCCUUUCUUCAAGCUCCAGACUGUGUUCUCUGCCUGCUGGAUGGGACUGCCUGUCACUGCAGGACUCACCCUUUGGUCUGCCCCUCAGGGUUAGCUCCCACAUUGGUAGCAUUCCUUGAGACCCUCCCUCGGUGGAUCCUCCUCCCCCAACCUAAUAAGGCAACCCCUUAGGGAAGAGCAGAAAGCCAAGUCCCCAGGCCAGGAACAGUCAGCAGCUGUCCGAGUGGUACCUGGGGAGAUCCUGGCCACCCCACGCCACAGCAGUCUGUGUGUCCUGUACUCUAGUAAAGUUUACCACGUACAAAGAAUGUGAGCAGGAAUAUGCACAUGUCGAAAAUAACGCUUUUAUUCUCUAGUGUGAAGCUUUCAAUAGGAGAUUGCAGACUGUUUUGCUCCUUGAAUAGGAAGGUCUUUGGGGGUUGAGAGGGUGGGAUAAAGAAGAGAGGAGGAAAUAAAUGAGAUGGGUGUGUGUGUGUGAGAGAGAGAGAGUGCAAAAGGAGGAUUUAAAAAUUAGUUCUUUAAAAAUAAACCAUUAUAAUAUAGAGUCUGUGCUCCAUGGGCAGGCAUGGGCUAUUCAUUGCUAGAACUUGUCAGCACUGGGAGGAGUAUAUCACCAAGUUCACAGUGACAGGGUAGAACAUUAUAUGCUUUUAUGGCUUUGCUUGGUUCUCUUUACACUUAGAUACUGUUACCAGAAGCCUAGGUGAUGUCUUUAAAACAAGAGAAUCGUACACCUCAAGAUGGAGAGUAUCUGCCUUCUGGGCUGAGAACGGAGAGGUGCUGGGGUUAGGAAGUAACUUGAGUCCCUAUGUGGAAAUGGGUCCUAGAGGAGAAAACUUGGAAUAGGACUCCUGCAUAAUUUGGGAGACUGGAAAGAGGCUGAUUUCUCCAGGAGAUUAAGACUGGAAGUCCCGAGUCCCCGCCUCACCCCCAUACACACCCAUCUUGUGUGAGUGAGCACGCACAAGCUAUUUUAAUCUGAGCUGUCUUUACGACAUGUAACCUAGUCAUUUGGGAGUGACAUCAUGGUAACUGAGUAAUCCCUUUGAAAGUUAAGUGGUAGAGCCAAGAUAUUAAAAUAGUCCUGGGGCUACCUGGUUGAAAGUGGGCACAGGGUGUGUAUAAAUCCACUUAUUAGAGGCGCAAUCUCUAUCAGUGGAAGUCUUAAGUAUAUAAUAGCAAACUGGGUUUUUGUGGUACGUGGGACAUUGUGUAACUUGAAAGAUCUCUAAAUAGAAGUUCCCAUGGUCGUUAACACUUAGGUUCUGGUACUUUAUUUUCUUUUCCUCUGUCCUGGUAAUCAGGAAAGUUCCCUUGUGGACUUGUUUGUAAAUUCUGAAAAUGUUGACCCGAAACCUCAUUAAUAGAACAAGAAGAUCUGCAGGAGGUUUAACGACAUUAAUGGCCAUUGGACAUGCUUAUUAGAGAAGGUAGUUAUGCCAAAAUCAGACUGAAACAUCAUAUGGUGCUUUUGUUUUUUACUUACUUACUUAUUUAUUUAUAAGGCCUGAACAGCAUUUGAAGGUAUAAACAGACUGGUAAGGAGAUUAGACAGCCAUUAAUGUUUAUCUUUUAAGCUUCACAUUGCUUGGGUUGUUACAGAACCCUGACACUUGCUACAUUCCACUGACUUGGUGUUCUUAGAUUUGUCAGUGGCUCAGAUUGUGUUACAGUCUGGGAUCCCUUAGGAAACAGUAAUUGUAGGCAAUAUAUAGGCAAAAUCCAGAUCGUGGCGUAUGCUCAGCCACCUACCAUUUGUGUUGUGAAGUUCUCAAGUAAGCUUUUAGCUCUUAAAGGUAAGAACCAGCUCCGUGUCCCUGGAAACUUUCUAGCGUGAUGUGGCAUUUCAAACUGCAGAUAUCUUUUGGAGAUAACAUAUUAGUUUCUGAGUGAAUCACCUGGGCGGAGGGAAUGAGGAACUGAUGACCCUUGCUGAGGUCUCCUAGGGUCAUAGAAUCAGAAAGAGAAGAAAACUGAUGGAUUCACCAGGGUCAUUUUGCCAUAUGAAUAUUUCCUAAAGCUGUCUUUGCUAUGCUUUAUUCUAAUUUUAAACAUUACAGUGCAUGUUGGUGUCUCAGGACCCUGACUUUGACCUUAGUGCAUUUCUUUCUUGAGUCACUAUUAGACUAUUAUCCAGCCACUGCCAAACUGAUUGGCUGCUAAAUUUGAAGAAAAUCACUGUAUCCAUAGCUUGCAUAAAAAUCACCUAUGUCCCUUUAACAUGCGUAGCUUUUCAAAUGCUAAAUGAUGGAUAUCGUUAAAUUAGAAAUCAUAUGUAUUAAAUGUUCUAUUUUUACAUAUACACGGAGGGGUUAAGAGGAAGAGGUAUGUUUGUCAUGGGAGAAACUGCCUGGUGAUUAAAGUAGUCUAGGAAAUAGGGUAAAUGAAACCUUUGUUACUGUAAAACAAUAGCCAUUAAGUGACUAUUAUGUAAUGUUAUUUCUUACGGGUCAUUUGGAAUGGCUUGUUGAUCUUGAAACUUGAGAUAAAAUUCCUGUAAAAAUACUACUUACAUUUGGCUGAUCUCACGACUUCUGAUACAAAAUCAAAGACUUUUCCAAGUAGAUUAUCUCUGUUAGACACUGAGCUCUAGAGAUACUGAAGCCAUGUCAGAUAGAUUUUUUUUUCCCCCACCUAAAGAGUAAUUUUAUCCACUUGGUGUUCUCCAUUUGAGUACUCAUCCAAAUAAACACAAAUAUUUGCUAAUCCAAAAAAUGGUUCAUUGUAAAAUUAGCCUAUGCUUGCUCAACCUCUCCAAAAGGGCACACAGGUGGCAAAACAGCUGAUAGGCACACUCACCUAAUUUGACAGUUUGAAUGGAUGGUGAUGAAUUUGCAUUUUCCAUAAAAGAUACAUUAGUUUUUUUCUUCUCAAAUCUUUAUUUAAAUUCUAGUUAGUUUACAAACAGUGCAAUAUUGGUCUCAGGAGUAGAAUUCAGUGAUUCAUCCCUUAUAUACAUCACCUAGUGCUCAUCACAGUAAGUGCCCUUCUUGGUACCCAUCAUCCAUCUAGCCCAUCCGCCACCCACCUCUCUCCAUCAACCCUCAAUUUGUUCUCUGUCUUUAAGAGUCUCUUAAGGUUUGUGUCCCUCUCUUUCUCCCCUGUCCCAUCUGUUCAUAUGUUUUGUUUCUUAAAUUCCACAUGGGUGAAAUCUUUUGGUAUUUCGUCUUUCUCUGAAUGACUUAUUUCACUUAACAGGGUCUAUCUACAUCGUUGCAAAUGGCACGAUUUCAUUCUUUUUGAUGCUUGACUAAUAUUCCAUUGUAUAUAUACACCACAUCUUUUUUUUUUUAAGUUUAUUAUUUAUUUUGAGAGAGAGCGUGCAUGUGAGCUGGGAGGGGCAGAGAGAGAAUCCCAAGCAGGCUGUGCACUGGCGCUCAAACCAACUUACUGUGAGAUCCUGAUCUGAGCUAAAGUCAGAUGCUCAAACCAAAUGAAUCACCCAGGCACCCCUCACCACAUCUUCUUUAUCCAUUCAUCAGUCAAGAGCCCAUAUGGGCUCUUUCCAUAGUUUGGCUGUUGAUAAUGUUGCUAUAAAUUUCAGGGUGCUUGUACCCCUUCGAAUCCAUAUUUUUGUACAUUUUGGGUAAAUACCUAGUAGUGUAAUUGUAGGAUAGUUCUAUUUUGAACCUUUUGAGGAACCUACAUACUGUGUUCCAGAGUGGCUAUGCCAGUUUGCAUUCCCACCAGCAGUGUGAGAGGGCUCCCCUUUCUCUGCAUCCUCACCAAUACCUUUUGUUUCUUGUAUUGUUAAUUUUAACCAUUCUGAUACAUUCUUAAGCAAAGGAAGUUUUUAUGUUAGAUCUCAAAUGGCCUCAGGGAUCAAUAGCAGAACUCAGAGGAAGGGGUAAUUCAGGGGUGUUUUAAGUCAUAGUUCUUAUGGUAGAUUCGCCAAAAUGAGCUUCUAUGCUUACAAAUUAUAAUUUUCUAUAUGUUUUAGUAUUGGAUAUUUGGGGUUAGAUGUUUGGACCAGAGAGUUAAUAAGGGAUAAUUAUUGCCAUUAUUUUCACUGUGACCUAUAAAAUUUGUAUAUAGCAUUCUUUUUCUUUUUUUCUUUUUAAUUUUCUUUUCUUUUUUUAUUUGAGAGAGAGAGACAGACAGAGAGCAAGCAGAGGAGGGGCAGAGAGAGAGGGAGACACAGAAUUGGAAGCAGGCUCCAGGCUCUGAGCUGUCAGCACAGAGCCAGACGCGGGGCUCGAACCCACAGACCACGAGAUCAUGACCUGAGCUAAAGUCAGCCGCCCAAUUGACUGAGCCACCCAGGUGCCCCUAUAGCAUUCUUUUUCAAUAGUUGUCUUCUCUUUCAUUAAUUUCAGAUACGUUAGCCUUGCAACUCUAGGAUUUUUAAGGUGAGAAAUUAAUAGUGGUUUGUAUAAGCCUUCUUAACAGGAAUCCAGGCUCAAGAAUUCUCUCUUCAGAACACUUCUUAGAUCUUAGUGGUUUUGAGUUCAUUUUACCAGCCUUCUCAUUGCCAAGAUGGCUUCUAGGUACAUAGACUUCUGUUUUCUUUGAAAUUGUGAUUGAUUACAAAUCAUUUGAUGGCUUCUUAAAAGAAGCUCUUUAAAUAUUAGAGGUUGUGGUUUGCCUUACCUUUUAAGGACUUUAAAAUUAGUCUGCCUUCUUAUACCAGGCCUAGGGUGAUUUGGGAGUCAGAAGGUACAGAUAAUUGAGCUGUUUGGAUAUUAAUGUGAUAUAGGCUUUUGAUGUCAUUCCUAGGAAAUAGAUUCCAUGGAAUGGGUUCCAGGUUUAAGGUCCAUGAGGAAAAGGGUUCUGACUCUUGGCACAGAUAGGCAUAUUCAGAAAUGUUGUAUUCAAGCCAGAGUAAAUAUAUAAGCCGUUUACACUUUCUUUCGGUUAGUAGAAGUCCCCUCGAAACACUUAUUUUGGCAUUAAGGAAGCUCGUCAUGACCUGUUGUUCCAGAAAGAUUAUCGUUUUCAGUUUGAGCCAGUUUUCUAGUUCCCGUGUGAGUGGCAUGCCCGGCCCAGAGCUGAAGAAACUCAGGCUUGCUUUUCAGCUCUUCCAUUCUUUUAGGUGUGUCCCACAGGCAGUGGCCUGUUGCUGUUUCUUCGGCCACUUAACAGGUUUGAUUUCAGAUCUAUUUAAUAAGAAACUAACAUGUUUGGAGGGGAUUCAUGGCCCAACAUUUAUGGACUUUGUUGGGAAGCUCCAGUUGCCGAACAAGCAACCGGAAAAGCUUGAUAGGCAAUGGACAAUCACCAGCAUUGCCUCGACCACACUCACCUCUCUCUGCUCAUGCAGGAAACAGCCCUCAAGAUAGUCCAAGAAAUUUCUCCCCCAGUGCCUCAGCCCAUUUCUCAUUUGCACGGAGGACUGAUGGACGCCGCUGGUCCUUGGCUUCUCUCCCUUCUUCUGGCUAUGGGACAAACACCCCCAGCUCCACAGUCUCUUCCUCCUCUUCCUCCCAGGAGAAGCUGCAUCAGUUACCAUACCAACCAACGCCAGAUGAAUUGCACUUCCUGUCAAAACAUUUUUGUACUACUGAAAGCAUUGCCACGGAAAACAGAUGCAGGAACACCCCCAUGCGCCCCCGUUCCCGAAGUCUGAGCCCCGGACGUUCUCCCGCCUGCUGUGACCAUGAAAUAAUUAUGAUGAACCAUGUCUACAAAGAAAGGUUCCCAAAGGCCACGGCUCAGAUGGAAGAACGUCUGAAGGAAAUAAUCACCAGCUACUCUCCUGACCACGUUCUUCCUCUAGCAGAUGGAGUGCUCAGUUUCACUCACCAUCAGAUUAUUGAACUGGCUCGAGAUUGCUUGGAUAAAUCCCGCCAGGGUCUCAUCACCUCACGAUACUUCCUUGAAUUACAACACAAAUUAGAUAAAUUGCUGCAAGAGGCUCAUGAUCGUUCAGAAAGUGGAGAAUUGGCAUUUAUUAAACAACUGGUUCGAAAGAUCCUAAUUGUUAUUGCCCGCCCAGCUCGAUUAUUAGAGUGUCUGGAAUUUGAUCCUGAAGAAUUUUACUACCUGUUGGAAGCAGCCGAAGGCCAUGCCAAAGAAGGACAGGGUAUUAAAACUGACAUUCCCAGGUACAUCAUUAGCCAGCUGGGGCUCAAUAAGGAUCCUUUGGAAGAAAUGGCUCAGUUGGGAAACUAUGACAGUGGGACAGCAGAAACACCAGAAACAGAUGAAUCAGUGAGUAGCUCCAAUGCUUCCUUGAAACUUCAAAGGAAACCUCGGGAAAGUGAUUUUGAAACGAUUAAAUUGAUUAGCAAUGGAGCCUAUGGGGCAGUCUACUUUGUUCGGCAUAAGGAAUCCCGGCAGAGGUUUGCUAUGAAGAAGAUCAAUAAACAGAACCUCAUCCUCCGAAACCAGAUCCAGCAGGCUUUUGUGGAACGGGAUAUCCUGACCUUUGCAGAGAAUCCCUUUGUUGUCAGCAUGUACUGCUCCUUUGAAACAAGGCGCCACCUUUGCAUGGUCAUGGAAUAUGUGGAAGGAGGCGACUGUGCUACCUUGAUGAAGAAUAUGGGUCCUCUCCCUGUUGACAUGGCAAGGAUGUACUUUGCGGAGACAGUCUUGGCCUUGGAAUAUCUACAUAAUUAUGGAAUUGUACACAGGGAUUUGAAACCAGACAAUUUGUUGGUCACCUCCAUGGGGCACAUAAAGCUGACAGAUUUUGGAUUAUCCAAGGUGGGACUAAUGAGCAUGACUACCAAUCUUUAUGAAGGUCAUAUCGAGAAGGAUGCUCGAGAGUUCCUGGACAAACAGGUCUGUGGCACGCCUGAAUACAUUGCACCAGAAGUGAUUUUGAGGCAGGGCUAUGGGAAGCCAGUGGACUGGUGGGCCAUGGGGAUUAUCCUCUAUGAAUUUCUGGUUGGAUGCGUGCCAUUCUUUGGGGACACUCCAGAAGAGCUGUUUGGACAAGUCAUCAGUGAUGAGAUCAACUGGCCGGAAAAGGAUGAGGCACCACCCCCCGAUGCCCAGGAUCUGAUUACCUUGCUUCUUAGGCAGAAUCCCCUGGAGAGACUGGGAACAGGUGGCGCCUAUGAAGUCAAACAGCAUCGAUUCUUCCGUUCUUUAGACUGGAACAGUUUGCUGAGACAGAAGGCAGAAUUUAUUCCCCAACUGGAAUCUGAGGAUGACACAAGUUAUUUUGAUACUCGGUCAGAGAAAUAUCAUCACAUGGAGACUGAGGAAGAAGAUGACACAAAUGAUGAAGACUUUACUGUGGAAAUAAGGCAGUUUUCCUCCUGUUCACACAGGUUUUCAAAAGUUUUCAGCAGCAUAGACCGAAUAACUCAGAAUCCAGGAGAAGAGAAGGAAGAGCCUGGAGACAAAACCAAAAGCACAACAUUGCCAUCCACAGAAACAUUCAGCUGGAGUUCGGAAUAUUCGGAAAUGCAACAGUUAUCCACAUCCAACUCUUCAGAUACAGAAAGCAACAGACAUAAACUCAGUUCUGGCCCACUUCCCAAACUGGCUAUUUCAACAGAGGCAGAAAAAGAUGAAGGUGCUCCCUGCCCCAGAGACCUGCACGAGGAGCCCGAGGUCACCACUCCCGCCAGUACAAUCAGCAGCUCCACCCUGUCAGUUGGCAGUUUUUCAGAGCACUUGGAUCAGAUAAAUGGACGAAGCGAGUGUGUGGACAGUACAGAUAAUUCCUCAAAGCCACCCAGUGAACCCGCUUCUCACAUGGCUCGCCAGCGAUUAGAAAGCACAGAAAAAAAGAAAAUCUCGGGGAAAGUCACAAAGUCCCUUUCUGCCAGUGCUCUGUCCCUCAUGAUCCCAGGAGAUAUGUUUGCCGUCUCUCCCCUGGGAAGUCCAAUGUCCCCCCAUUCCCUGUCCUCGGACCCUUCUUCUUCACGAGAUUCUUCUCCCAGCCGAGAUUCUUCAGGAGCUUCUGCCAGUCCACAUCAGCCCAUUGUGAUCCACAGUUCAGGGAAAAACUACGGUUUUACCAUCCGAGCCAUCCGGGUGUAUGUGGGAGACAGCGACAUCUAUACAGUGCACCAUAUUGUUUGGAAUGUUGAAGAAGGAAGUCCAGCAUGCCAAGCAGGACUGAAGGCUGGGGAUCUGAUCACACACAUCAAUGGAGAACCAGUGCAUGGACUUGUCCACACGGAAGUUAUAGAGCUUUUGCUAAAGAGUGGAAAUAAGGUGUCAAUCACCACCACCCCAUUUGAAAACACGUCCAUCAAGACGGGACCAGCCAGGAGAAACAGCUGUAAGAGCCGGAUGGUGAGGCGGAGCAAGAAAUCGAAGAAGAAAGAAAGUCUAGAAAGGAGGAGAUCCCUUUUUAAAAAACUAGCCAAGCAGCCUUCUCCUUUACUCCACACCAGCCGAAGCUUCUCCUGUUUGAACCGGUCCCUGUCAUCAGGGGAGAGCCUCCCAGGCUCCCCAACGCACAGCUUGUCUCCCCGGUCCCCCACGCCCAGCUAUCGCUCCACCCCUGACUUCCCAUCAGGUACUAACUCCUCUCAGAGCAGCUCCCCAAGCUCUAGUGCCCCCAAUUCCCCAGCGGGGUCAGGACACAUCCGGCCCAGCACCCUACAUGGUCUGGCCCCCAAACUCAGCGGACAGCGCUACCGUUCUGGAAGGCGGAAGUCGGCUGGCAGCAUCCCCCUCUCCCCACUGGCCCGGACCCCCUCUCCAACACCACAGCCCACCUCCCCUCAGCGGUCACCAUCCCCUCUGUUGGGACACUCGCUUGGCAAUUCCAAGAUCGCUCAAGCUUUUCCCAGCAAAAUGCACUCCCCUCCCACCAUCGUCAGACAUAUCGUGAGGCCCAAGAGUGCAGAGCCCCCGAGGUCCCCACUGCUCAAGCGCGUGCAGUCAGAGGAGAAGUUGUCUCCCUCCUAUGGCAGUGACAAGAAGCACCUGUGUUCCCGCAAACACAGCCUGGAGGUGACCCAGGAGGAGGUGCCGAGGGAACAGCCUCCACGGGAAGUGACCUUGCAGAGCCUGGAGGAGAAUGUGUGUGACGCCCCUUCCCUGAGCCGUGCCAGGCCUGUGGAGCAAGGCUGCCUGAAGCGUCCUGUCUCCCGGAAGCUGGGGAGACAGGAGUCUGUGGAUGAGCUGGACCGAGAGAAGCUCAAGGCCAAGGUGGUGGUGAAGAAGCCAGAUGGUCUCCCAGAGAAACAAGAACCCCACCAGAAAUCCCAUGGACUUGGGAGUGAUUUAGAAAACCUCUCUACUUUUAGGCUGGAAGAGAGAGAGAAGAAAAUCUAUCCAAAGGCUUUAGAAAGGUCAAGUCAUUUUGAUAACAAAGUGGCCUUGCAGGAGGCCCCAUCCGUGGGCAGCCUGCUGAAAGGGGCUCUUCACAAGCAGGCCAGCAUUCGGGCCAGCGAGGGAGUGACCUCGGAAGGGGCAGCGGCUGGCCAUGGCCCAGCACCUGGGGACCACAGCCAGGGCAUCUGUGACUUCAAACGCACCUCUGCUCCUGGCACCCUCCAGGACACUCUCUGCCACUCGGCUGAUAGGUCCAGCUCUGGGAAGGGUGAAAACACGGAGAAGGCCUCCCAGGCCAAGGAGUGUCUCCGAUGUGAGAAGUUAGACAGCAAACUGGCCAACAUCGAUUACCUCCGAAAGAAAAUGUCACUUGAAGACAAAGAUGACGGCCUGUGCACUGUGCUCAAGCCCAAGAUGACGUCUAGUGCCCACGAAAGCCUGCCCGGGAACCCCGUCCGGUCCAUGGGUGGACAGCAGGAGGCCCCAGUGGCCUCUGAGAGCCGAGCAUUCAUGAGCAGUGCCCACACGGCUCAGAUCAGCACUGUCUCCUUUGUCCCUCUCAAGGCGCUAGCUGGGCGGGUGGACGGUGGAGUAGAGAAGCCGGGCUUGGUUGCUCCUGAGUCACCCGUCCGGAAAAGCCCUUCUGAGUAUAAACUGGAAGGUAGGUCUGUGUCCUGCCUGAAACCAAUUGAGGGCACUUUGGAUAUUGCUCUCCUGUCUGGACCUCAGGCCUCCAAGACAGAGCUGCCUUCCCCAGAGCCUGCACAGAGCCCCAGCCCGGCCAGUGACGUGAGGCCCUCUGUGCCACCGGCUCUCCCCAGCACCGGGGGCAAGAAGGGUGAGAUGGCGGGUCAGAGGGAGCCUUCCCCUGCUGGCUUCAGGAUUAAUAAGUCCUACCUGCUGGAGCCCCGGUUCCCACCCCCCAGCCGGGGUCUCCAGAAUUCACCAGCAGCUCCCGUGCCUUGCUCUGACCCAGAGCUAAAGCGGGAUAGGAAAGCUUCCCAUGCAGCCAAGAGCACAGUGACGGUCAUGGAAAGCGAUCCCCAGCGGAGAGAGGGGGGCCCCAGCAAACACCAAAACCAUAGCCCUGACACCAAACUCCUCCCCUCCCUGGGAUUGAUCCCCCACAGCGCGGACCCAUCCAGGUCACGCAGCCUGCUGCUGCCUGAAGGUACCGCCUCAAGAGAGAAGCCAAGUGGGAGGGAAUCCUCUGAAAGGGGCCCUUCCACGGCCAGAAGCGAGCGGUCCGCUGUGAGACCUGACUCCCACAGGGAUCCCUCUGUGGAGUUGUAUCCUCCAGAAGCUGCUAAAACCAGUGACAAUUCCAGAAAUCUCCCCUCCGGGGAAAGGACCCGUCCAGAUUCCUACACUCAGACCCAAGCCCUGGAGAAAGCAUGGGCACCUUGUGGGAAAACAAACCACAGAGAUGGCCGAGAUGAGGUGAGGCCCCUGGCGAGGGAGGACUCCUCUUUGCAGUCAUCAGGGACUCCUCAUGAGAGGGAGCUGGGCAGAGGAAGAGGUGGCCCAGAACCCCAGCCAGAAGCUCCUCCCAGCCGGUGGUCCCUGCAGCCACCAGGCACUGAACGUGGGAAGGAAGCCCAGCUCUCUGCUUUCCCAUCCUUGCCGAAAGACGGUCCCAAGGAACCAGAAAGGAAAGAACAGCCUCUACAAAAGCACAUCAGCAGUAGCUCUCAGCCCCCGCUGGUCACCAAAGAACUGCCCAGCCUGGCCACUCAGCAGCACUGCGGCUCCCCAAGCCACUCCUCAGGCAGAGAGCCGGGGGGCAAGCCCUGUACUACAGAGCCCAGCCUGGGCCUCCAGGGCCCUCCCAGGCCCGCUGCAGUGCAUGGUGAAAGCAGCAGCCCUAAGUCUGGGCCUGGCCCCGACUCCAUCCCCGCAAAGUCUAAGCACCCUGACAGGGCCCUCUCCUCCCAGAAGCCAAGCGUUGGGCCUGCAGCAGGCAGAGAGGCUGCAGCCCAGCCGCAGGUCGGCCCCAGCCGAGAAGGGAAGGACAGCAGUAAGGGUGUGCAGGAGGCCUUCCCUGCCCUCCCAGGCUCCCAGAACACAGCCACCAAUGCGAUUAGCCAGGGAGGAAGUGGACCCUCAGUUCCGCUGCUCACCGAAGGGGGUCCUCUAGACCCUAAGCUAAAAGCCACCGGUGGCAGGCGGUCCCCGGAGGCACCAGAGAAGCCCACGCAUCUGCCGCAGCAAGGACACCCAGGAGGGGGUGAAUCGGCGGACCAGAAAGUUGCCCCUGUCAAUGAAAAGCAAAACGUGUCUCCAAAGCACCCCAAACCAUCCACUGUGAAAGAUUGCCCCGCUGUGUGCAGACAGAGAGACAGGAGUCCAAGUUCACAGGCUGCCACCGCCACGGACAGGAAGUCUGAGGGGAAGAAAUGCACUGAAGCACUUUACGUUCCAGCAGACGGCAGGAAGCUUGAGGCCAGCCUUUCCCUGGCACCCUGCGAGGCCCGGCCAAAAGGCCCAGAGAGGCCGGCAGCUGCUGUGGGGAAAGGCUUGCCAGAGGCCAAGGGGAAAGUGCUGAGUCCCCAGAAGCCGCUGACUGAGGCAGGCAAGCCCAGCGGCAUGAAACGGUCGCCCUCGGCCACCGGACAGAGUUCUUUUCGAUCCACUGCCCUCCCAGAAAAGUCUCUGAGCUCCUCCUCCAGCUUUCCUGAGGCCAGACCGGGGGCUCGAGAGGCUGCUGCAACUAGCGGUGACACAUCUUUGGCCAAGGCCAGCGGGGCUGCGGCUAAGACCCUGCCCGGGGGCGACGGCAGAACCCACAUGACAAAGAGCGACUCUCUGCCAUCCUUUCGGAGCUCCACCGUCACCCUGGAAUUGCACCACCCCAGCCCGCCCGUGGCAGGGGGAGCCGGCCACCGGGACAGGGCCCUGUCGGUAUCUGCCACCACAGGAGAAACCAAAGGCAAAGAGCCUGUCGCAGCCCCGCCCUCUCAGACUAGGAAACAGAGCGUGGGCAGAGAAGUGACCAAGGCAUCCCCAGCUCCAAACCCUGACCGGCCCAUCGCCCUUUCUUCUGAGAAGGACUUUGUGGUGCGGCAGAGGCGGGGGAAAGAGAGUUUGCGUAGCAGCCCGCACAAAAAGGCCUCGUAACGGGGCAGGCCCCAGGCCGGACUGGGGAGACCCGACCUGAAUGUUUACCUGAGUCUUGACUACCUUGUGAAGCCAGCACUGUGUGGGAACGCCCGCCGGGCAGAGCCUGGAGCCCCUAGGCAGAGCGGGAGAGGGAGAGAGAGACAGAAAGAGGGGACCUUCUUCCAAUUGCCUUCCCAAUUGUAACCCAUAACACUGUUACCAGAGAGGGUUUGUAUGAAAAACGAAAACAACAACAAUAAAGAAACACCUUUACAGUGGAGGGUUGUUGAGGAUAAAGAUUUUCUCUGUAAAUACCUAGCAAUGUGUUUGGUUUGGGAUGUAGAGUGAUACCUUGCUGCUGAUGGCGUUGUUUACCACAGCUUUUUCUUUUCUUCUCUUUUCUUUUUUUUUUCCAGUAGGAUUUUUGCUUUACCACUUAUCAUCACAUAGUAAUGAAGCAAAAUGGUUAAAACCGGGUGUAUGUAAGAGUAUAGAUACACUCACACUCGUGUGUAUAUACACAUCCACCCACAUGUUUUGGUCUCUGGUUUCAGAGACUAUUUCAAGACUACAUUUUUCUAAGUUAAAACAUUCUGAGUAGAGUUCAAGAUGAAAGAAAGCCCUAAAUACAGUAGAUGGUGAGUUUGUGUGUGUCUUUUUAACCCAAGAUUUUGAGAGUACUGUAUCUGCCUACCUAGAUUUCCAGAUCUUAAAGCAAGAACUACUCUAGUCACUGCAUUUGGACUCUUCCUCCAUUAGGAAUGGCCGGAACAAGCAGAGCUAACCAUAUUCAUAUUACAGUCAUCGCAGUGGACACUUGAUCUUGGGUCCAACUGUCUGAAAGGCCAGUUAUCCUUGUCCGUGGGUAUAUAUGUCGGGUCUUCACCCUGGGUGUAGUGGAGGCUAUAAACACACGUCAGCUUUAUUUCUCUCACUUUCCCUUCUUUUCACGCUCUUAAACUCAGGCCUUGAUGCUAUGAGUCACUAGUCCAAGAAGCACACAUUUUGUAGUAGUCUUGUUGCCAGCCCUGCUCUUGAACAAAAAGGAAAAUUACUGGCCACACGCAGAUCCAAUAGUACUUAAGUUGAGUAAUAAGCAUCAGGCAUUGGAAGAGGUUUUAAAUUUGCAUUUUUGAGGGAAAGGGGGGGUGGAUUUUGGCAUCAUAGCAUAUAUAUUAAUGAAUAAUCAGGACAUCAGAUACAUUUUAAUACAUAGCUGGGGCCUUAUGUUGUAGAUGAAGCUUGCUGUUUUUAGCAAGUUCCUGGGUUUCACAUUCAUUUCUGAUGCAUCGAGUAGCUCCAUACAUUUCAUAACAUGAUCUCUUUAUUUGUAUGCAAAAAAAAAAAAAAAAACGUAUUAAUAAAGAGCAGCGUUUUUUAACAAAAAGACUUGGUGGAGCUAUUUGGUGCUUGAAUGUGACCGUCCUUUUUACUUUUGCUAAGCCUUAUUUAAAUUUUGUAUACCAUGGAAAAUGUAGACUUCGUCAAAUCAUUUUAGUGCUGAGGGGGUUUUUGUUUGUUUUUGUUGCAGUUGUCCUGGGGGCCUGUUUUGUAUUGUAAGACGGCACUUGCUGACCUAAGUACUAAGGCACUAAGAGAAAAUACACACAGAUAAGUAUUUAUAAGAUGUUUGGGAUCCAUAGCAGGAUUUUCUGUUUUGUUUUUCAAGAGGGAAAACAAUUACCAAUAAAUACAAAUUCAGCACCCAGACCCCCUCGGAUGUCUUAGUAGCCAAAUCAUUCAUCUAAAGCACAGCCUGUGGAUUGUAAAUUAUUUAGCAGGGCUGUAAACCCUGCUCCAAAAACAAAGGCAUCACUUAACUGACUGCUGGGUUGUCCUUCCUUGUAAAAUGAGUUGGCAAACAGAACCAAAAGUCCCCCCCUGCCCCUGUUUUCCGCCCCCCGCCCCCGUGUAGUUUUAGCCAUUCCCCAUCACUGCGUUGGGAAAUGGUAGAAGCAGCGCAUAUUUUAGAAGAACUUAAAUGGGUUUCCCAAGUGGUCUCAACAUUUAUAAUUCAUAUCUGUGUUUGGCAGUUGUCACAACCCAAUCAUCUAUACUCAGACAUCACGACAGGUGUGUCGGGGAGGGAGUUCAUGGUUUACAGCCUUUGCUUUUUAACUGUCCAGUUUCCUUUAAAGCACAACUAGCUGCCUGUUUACAAAUGAUAUUUUUAUGUAUAUUUUGUAUAGUGUAUUAUCAUUUUGGCCAAAUAUGUUUUUGCAUUUUGGAUGGGUAAAGAGUACUUAAGGUUGCAUUCAUGUAAUACCUGUCUGUUGUUGUUAACCUCUCCAAUCAGCUGGUAGAAAUUCUCCUGUGUUCUAUUUGGUCAGUCUCCUGUGAUUGUAAGAUGUGCUCCUUAGUAGUACUCCCAGCUGUAGAUUUACCAGCUUAAAAGUUUGUUAGGAUCUGUGCAAUAAAGUGUUUGCAGUCUUAUUUUCUCUAAGAAAUUCCCUAUGGAUGUCAUAAUUGUUGUAUAUUGAACACAUAUUUAUACUUAUGCAGUUGCAUAACAUUGAAAUAAAAAUUUAGCAUGAAAAGAUAA